AUGAAGUUUCUACUGGCAUCCCUACUGGCAUCUGUUGCAUCAGCAUUUACCGUAACCGGGACCUUCGCACCCUCCCCUCACCUCCCGAAUCCUGCUCUCCUACCCCCCACAACCUCACUUACACUCACCACCUCCGGCACCACCGCGCGCACCCUCAUCUCAACAUCUAACGGCUUUACUUUCCACAACAUCUCGGCAGGAUCCUAUCUUCUCGAUGUCGCCUGUCCAUCUCACCAUUUUGCGCCUCUUAGAGUCGAUGUUGCUGGUAACGGUGAUGUGAGCGUACACACCACGUUCCGCGGGAACGAGUGGAGCAAUCUAGGGGAGGCACGGCCGUACCCAGUGAUGCUACAUGCGAUCAAGACGGCAGACUACUAUGUAGUCCGUGAAGGCUUCAAUCCAACCAAACUUCUCGCCAACCCAAUGAUCCUCGUCGCCAUUGUAUCACUCGUGGCGAUUGUCGGCCUCCCAAAAUUGGUUGACAAGAUGGACCCUGAACUCAAGGCCGAGUUCGAAGAGUCGCAGAAGAAGGUUGGCGCGGCGCAGGCGAACCCAUUGGGCGGGUUCGAUGUUGCUUCGUUCUUGGCUGGGACAUCAAAGCCCGCAACACCAGAGGUGAAGCAGAGUGGGAAAGGGAGAAAGAAUUAG